AUGGUGGACGCCAUGUGCGCUAGCGGCAGAGGAAAGGAAUACUCUUCCCCCACGCUCAAGCCUGACAGCACAGAUUUAAGCACCAACUGGCCAGAAAUCAACAACAAACAGCCACCUGCACGCAUUGUAGCACCUCAGCAGACCAGAGGCCGGCGAAGCGAAGGGGGCACAACGAGCCAGCAUAUCCCCCGCGGAAAAGACAAGAGACACUCCACGGACAAAACCCUACCUUCCAGCCGAGACGGAGAACUGGUCUCCAACGUAAAGAGCCGCACACCCCUACCGAAAUGCUAG